UACUAUUAAAUCUUUUGCUUUUCUAAUCCUAGCCUCCUACCUAGAUGAUGCCUAUUUCUUUUUUUUGUUUGUUUGUUUAUUGAGGUUUUUAUGUAGGUAAAACCUAACAGAAGUUUUCAUAACUUAGAACCACAUUUAUCUUUCUUUCUCUUUAAUUGAGAACAGAACAAGAAGCAGAAGAGAGAAACCAGGUUCAAGCUCAGACUUUUUAGUUUUGUUUGUUCCUUAAGGUUCAAGCAAAAAGUGGCCUCCAAGGUGAAGCAAAUAAGUAAAGGCUUUACUCAAUACAUGAGUGUCAUGAAUUCUCUUCUUUCAAUAUCUUUUGUGGUCCGAUUCAUUGAAGAUAACAACUAAACUGAUCAAGAAGCAAACUUAGUCAACUGUGAUCAAGCAAUGGAGAGACUUGAUCAUCCUCAUCGUCUUCAUCGUCUACUUCUCGAUACACCAAGCACAUCAGCAAAUAAUGGAACUACCAGGACUCGCAAUUCUUACACAAAUGAAGCCAAUUUUGACACCAACAUGGUGAUCAUACUGGCAGCUUUAUUAUGCGCCUUAAUUUGUGCUCUAGGACUGAACUCGAUCGUUCGUUGUGCUCUUCGUUGUAGCAGAAGGUUUGCUUUCGAGACCCCGGAUGAAACUGCAGCACGUUUAGCAGCCACAGGGCUUAAAAAGAGUGCAUUGCGCCAGAUUCCAGUUGCAGUUUAUGGCACUGCAGGGAUAAAGAUUAAAGCUACAGAUUGUACAAUUUGUCUUGGAGACUUCAUGGAUGGUGAAAAAAUCAGAGUCUUGCCAAAAUGUAACCAUGGUUUCCAUGUAAUGUGUAUUGAUACAUGGUUGUUGGCUCACUCUUCUUGCCCAACUUGUAGACAGUCAUUACUGGAGCAACCAACAACAGCAACAAGUUCUGAUGCAGCUGAUGUGGAUUCUGAAACCAGGCAUAAUCCUGGAAAUGCACCAGGGCUACAAGGUGAUGUUUCUAUAACUGUUGAUGAGGUGGGUUAAGGCUAGAUAGUUUGAAAAUAUUCCUCUAAAUGAUUGAAUAAAUAAGAAAAAGAAAAAGGGUUUUUUUGUUUGGGGGGUGUCGAUUAUUUGCCAAGUUAGGUUGUAACGAAAGGUUCCUGAGGCUCUUCUGUGAAUGUAUAUACAAACUUGGAUUUGGUUGGAGAUAAAUAUGGUUCUUAAAGGUUAAUUUCUUGUUUGGGCUAUUCAAUUCAUUUAAGAUUUUGUCAAGAUCUAGAGGAUUACUGAAUUGAAAUAACAUUGAUUUGUUCAAGUACAAGAAUUAGCUUUAAAACUUUUCACUUAUUCUUUUUCAUAGCCAUGUCAUUAAGUUUGAAGUAGAGAUCUGCCUUCUAAAAGUGAAGAGUGAAAAGGGUUAAAAAAAUAGAGAAACAGAUUUAACAAAGCAGAUAGAAUUGCCUUUGCCUCCAGUGUGGGUGAUGAUUGU